GGGAGAGAGAACAUUAGACAGAAAGGGAACAGACGAUCACAAAGAGAGUAGAAAAGGAGAACAAGAGUAGCGAGGGACCAGAGGAGAAAAGAGACAGAGCAGGACAAUCCCAAGCUCAAAAUGCCUCCUAACUUCGCCGGCACCUGGAAAAUGAAGAGCAGUGAGAAUUUCGAUGAACUUCUGAAAGCUCUCGGUGUGAAUGCUAUGCUCCGGAAAGUGGCCGGCGCUGCAGCAGCCAAACCUCACGUGGAGAUCCGACAGGACGGAGAGCAGUUCUAUAUCAAGACCUCCACCUCGGUACGCACCACGGAAAUCAACUUUCACAUCGGAGAGGAGUUUGACGAGGAGACGGUGGACGGCAGGAAAUGUAAGAGUUUGGCCACGUGGGAGACAGAGAAUAAGAUCUACUGCAAACAGAAGCUGGUGGAUCAAGACGGACCCGUCACAUUCUGGAGCAGAGAGCUACGUGGAGACGAACUGAUCCUGAUCUUUGGGGCCGACGACGUGGUGUGCACAAGGAUUUACGUGCGAGAAUGAGGUGAAGUGGAGACAGUGACCAUGAAAAACACAACCAAACAGCCCUGCAUCCCAAGAAACCUUGUGUCUAGAAACACCAGAACCCUUCUUUACAUGUCAGGCAGUGAACAUGCAUCCGUUCAGUGCAUUGUGGGUGUUUUUAUUCGGUUUGUUCCUCUCUCUUUGUCCGUUUCUGACACAGAUGUGUGUAUUGCAAACAAAAGCAGUAAUAAAAAUGGAAACGAAUAUCA